AUGGCCUCCCCGCCAGAUUCCAUCACGACCGUAAGCGGGAGACGAUGUACUCGUUCCCGCGCUCGAACUGCGGUCAUAUCCACAUCAACAACUAUAUCCACUUCGACUACACAAGAGCCAGCGGCCGUGAAUCCUACCGAAGCCACUUCAUCUGCGUCUGCUGAGCAACCACCACCACAACAACAACAACAAACCACGACUGCGGCAGCAUCCUCCUCUCCACCGCCGCCGUCUCCCCCACCUCCUCUCCCACCAGCCGAAUCUUCAACAACCACGCAACCGGCGGCAGUAGUAGCACCACCAGCACAGCCAUCUAGCGCUGUACCUGCACCGCCUCCACCAUCACCAUUACCGUCGACAACAGAUGUAGUGGCAACUUCGGUGACAGGUACGAUAAUUUCGGUUCCUACACCCCUAUCGCGGAUAACACCGCUUGCUUUUGCUUCCCCCAGCCCAGCAGCGGCUUCUCUAAGCCCAGAAGCGCCGUCCCCCGUUCCAGUAGUAGCAGUGUCUCCAGCAGCAGCGGUGGAAGCAGCAGUGUCUUCAGUGCCAGCAGUAGUGUCUCCAGUUCCAGCAGCAGCGUCUCUGGACCGAGCAGCAACGUCUCCAGACGCAGCAGCGACGUCUUCCGACCCAGUAGUUGCUGCUCUAGUUGCUGCGCCGGCGUCUUCAAGCCCUAUAACGACGUCUCUGCAACGGAUACCAGAAGCCAAAGUGACGGCUGCUGCUGUGCCAUCGGUGGAGACUUCGCAGCCCCCACCUAUCCCCACUAUUGUAGCACCAGCAGCAGUAGCAAUCAGCUCUGACAUAAUACCAGUAGCGGACCCCACUUCACUCCUGGCGAGCUUGAGUCCGCCAGCUCUCUUUACACCACCGGCAGUAUCCAAUGCUCCGUCAUCAGUACAAUCGAAUGCUGCACUCCCUGCCGUAACUGGACCAAUACCACAAACAUCGAUUACAAACUCGCCUGCCCUGGCAGACCCAGACCAGUCAUCCUCCUCCCGGUUUAGAUCAAACCCCAAACCCACACCCACACCCUCAGGGGGCGUAGCUGGAGGUUUAAUUGCACCUGAUCAGGGAUCCAGUUACGACGGCCCCCUGACGUUAAGUGGCGGUGCAAAUGCAGGAGGAAUCAUUGGGGGUGUUUUCGGUGGCUUAGCUGUUUUGGCUUUGAUUAGUACCCUACUGUUCUUUUGUUUGCGGAAACGAAAGCCGAAGCCAGUAAGAUGGAAUGAAAAGAGGCAAGAGGGCCCAAAGCUUGUGACAAAGCUGAAGGCGAUACCCACUGGAGUGACAUCGAUUUUUGCGAGGAUGAAGGGAAACCAGGCUGGACCGAUGAGCAAUCCCUAUCAACGACAUCAGGUACACAACAGUGUUGGCUCGUUAUACUCCAGAGAAUCCAAUGGUCGCGCGCGAUCGAUCAGCGAACCACAAGGCUUUUUCAACCGUGCAGGGUCGGAGAGAAAUGAGGAAAAUGGCCAACGCAAGAAGCCAAGCAGUCUCUCAGGUUUCCGAUUCCCUGGAAUUCAGGAGGACACGGGUUCACCCAAUCCAUUCGCCGAUCCGAAUCCAAACACGCUUUUGGUACUCAACCCAGACCCGCGCAGUGCGCCUGUUACACCACGCGUUCCUCCGCCUACUGUCGAGCCGGAAGCCAGGGAUCCGUUUGCGUCUAUCCUUGACCCACCGGGAGCGCAACCGGCAUGGGUAGGAGUGUCAAAUCACAGCCAUCAACGCACAAUGAGCUCAUUCUCUACACUAAGCUCUAAUGCUGCACAAUCGUUGUACGGCACUUACGACCCGUUCCGGGAACUAUCCAAGGUACCACCGCUACCCACACAGGCGGUCUUAUCGAGACAUACUCGCAAUCGCUCUUCCAUGGCAGUGCCUGGCUUUGACGCGAUGUCGACUUUCGCGUCGCGGGAUUCCGACAUGUAUUUCGGUGAGCCUGGGCCCAGCAGACGUGGCACGAACAUGUACACGCCAGUCACGGGCACCUACCGAACAGUUCGGCAAUCUGAUCCGUUUGAUCUUGACCGUCCUGAAGUUCUUCGGUUCGGCAGCUUGGGCAACAGGAAAGAUUCAUUCGGAAACCUGAGCCGACAACCAUCCCGGAGAGAACGAGUCAGCAGCAUCGGCAACUGGCCAAACGGCGGCACCACUGCAGAAGUCGCAAACACAUACGGCCUGUUCCCGCGAGAAGGUACAAGACAGCCCUCCUCCUGGGUACCACCACCCAUGCCACCAGCACCACUACAACCCAACGGAGGAAAAUUUUGAUGAUAGACGGGGAAGAAGCGAGAAGACCUUACGACUAGAAAGGAUCAAUAAUGAGACUACCCCGGCGUUCUUUUUUUUUCAUUUUACAUUUACGAUCAUUACAGACAUCACACAGCGAUGGCAGGAAGUAUUCCGCGGGACCAUCCAUUCUCUUUUUGUGUUUUUACCACCACACUUUUUUUGGUUUUGUAGCACAAAACCUUGAUGCCGAACUUUUUCACUGGGGCGAGCCCCGAGAGAGCGAGCUUUUUAUGGUAUUUUUUUUAGCAUCAUC